GACGAAAGUAAAAUGGCGCGUGGUUUGAAGUCUGGAGAGAUUUGAUUCUGGAAACGUUUCCUGUCGACUAAAACCUCUUGAAAGAUUAUAAUUUCAAUUGAAUAAGGAAUGGUGCCAUCAGAUUCGUCUGAACCUCCGCGUUCAGAAGUUUCUAAAGUAAAAUGGUUCACAGAAGGGGUAAGUUUCACUAUAACGCGUGAAGACUUAGUACAUUUGUACCAAGCAGUGUAAACUUCAUGCAGGAACAGCAUACAGUCACUUUGUCGAAUAUUUCUCUGAAAAGGUACUCAAAAAUAUGAUAACACCCGUUUAAUUUGUGUAUACCACACUCAGAUUGACUGCACUACAUAAAACAAUUUAAUUUAUCCUUGGUAGACAAAACUGUCAAUCUGUCAACUGCUAUGCUGUAUUAUGUCAACCACAGAUAAAGCCAUCUGCACUCUGUAUUGAAGAUAAAGUUUCUUACACUGUCCAAAGUAGAUACAGCUACCUAUAAAGGCAAAAUUUAUUACAAACAUCUCAACUGUCUACUGUAGAUUAAGCUAUAGUGUAUCUACAUGACUAUAUCAACUGUAGACAAAGUAGAAAUCUGUAACUACUAUAAUAAGAUAGUUUAGUGUUACAAACUGAGUUGAUGGUGUAAAUUAGCGCCAUAAAGAAUUUCUAUAUCAUUUUGAGCAUUAACCUUGUGUUACUUGCUCUGAUGAAGGGUUUCCACCUGAAAAUUUGGCUUAGAAACUCUUUAUGGUGGCUAAUUUACAUCAUCAACUCAGUUGACAAAGUCAAAUGAUCUUGUUAUAAUUCCCACCAAUGCUAGACCAUUGUUUCUUUAGGAACUUACCUCCUUUAUUCAGAUAUCUACUAUAGUCACAGGAGAUAAGUAUAUGUAAUAUAGACUGAAUAGAUGGCUGUCAGCUAAAGCAUUGAUAAUUGAUUAAUAUGUUUGUAUAUCCAUGUGUCUUACUUAGGAGUUUUGGUGGAGGACUUUUGCUGCAGUUACAUGGGUGAUGAUUAUCCUUCCACAUGCACUAUUGCUGUCCUCAUUAGCAGCAUCUGUAGAUCUUUUUCAUCCCUUCAACUGGAUUUCAGGUGAGUAUUUAAUACCAUACCAGGGGACAUUAUGCUUUAGUUAAUGUAUAUUGGCCUUACAACAGCCUUGGUUGAGUUCACUAUGUCCUGUUGUUAGAUUAACUGCCUCCGAUACCAGGGGUGAGCACCUUACCCUUACAAUUUCAAUUCAUUAAAGGUUAAAAAUACGUUGUAAUUGUGAAAAUAAUGAAAAUGGUGAAAAUCAUUAUGAAGUGGAAGGUAAUAAAACUGAUCAAAUUUAAGAUUCUUUGAAUGAAAAAUACAAGGAAGUCAUCUGCCCUUUAGAGAGAGAAUGUCUACUGAGAUUUUAGGAGAGAGGUUCAUUACCCUGUUAUAGCUUUCUUUUACUACAAUACAAAUUGAGAAAAAGGAAUGAAGAAAAGCUGAUUAAAUGCUGUAUGUGGGGAUGGAAACAUAUGAUGGGAUUAAAAUUUAUAGAAGCAGUGGAACUUCCUCUGAGUAUGUGCUAAGAAAAAAGUAUACCAUAUGGUGAUGUGAGCUAAUUUAUUAUAGUAUAGACCACUACUGCCGCAUGACCCAGGUAUACCUUGCUAAUAAAUAAUAUUAUCUAUACUCCCUUUCUAUCAUUUUUUAAAGGUGGCUUAUCUCUGGUUUUAAGCUUUCCAUUUUGGGUAUCUACUUGUUUUUAUGGAGCUAUCAGUAUUGUGGUGACGCUGUCAAAUUCCAAAUUCAAUACUGGUUAGUAUACUAAGUGAUUAUGAUAAAAACAUGUUAGCUACAGGUAGUUUGGUGGGUAGGCUGAGUUAUAAUUUUCACUAUACUUAAAAAAUGACUCAUCAGGUCUUGGUUCUCUUGAGCUUUUCACUUCCAGGAAUGAUAAAUAGGUAAAUUCUCCUUACAUUAUCAGUGUAUUAUCCAGCAGACAAGUGACGAGAAUGAAGAAAAUAUCGACUAGGGUUUUAUCAUUUGAUUUAACACAAAGUUCACAGAAUUGACAUGAGAGAUGCAGGGCAGAUGGUGAGGAGAAUCAGUACUGAAACCUUGGCAGUAAAAUAGGUUAACCCUUAACUUUCUAACAUCAACAUGCAUAUUCUCCAUACUGUUCUCUCUACAUCUCCCAAGGUGCUGAUAAGGAGAAUUUGUUUGUUAAUAGUUAAGAUUUUCUUCAGUUGGUGAUUGUUUUCCCUAUUCUCUUGACUUAAACUUUUGUUUCAGUGAUGAUAUUGCAAGCCCUAGGGAGAAAUUAGGUGGUAGUCACUUUAAAUUUUUUGUCUUGCAGUUAAAAAUGUUACUCAUCAGAAUCAAAUGUCAGCCUUGUUGUUUCCCCUUCACCCAGCAAGAAUGUUUCACAUUUUUUUGUUCACAUUGUGUGGGAGCCUUUCUGCCUGGUGUUUCCAAGGAAUCAUUGGUGAUGAGGAGGAUGUUUUAACUAUAUUAUGUGAAACGUAAGGGAGGCAUGUUGAUUUAUGGUGAAUGAAAAUUAAGUUUGAAAAUUGAUCAGGAAAAACUCCAGCUAUUUAACCCACUUACAUGUUCUUUUGGCAGUAUGAGAGAUUAGACUCUGUAUUACUUAUUGUUCAAAAGAUUAAUUAUUUUUUCUGUAUAAUGAUGUGAACAUUUAUUGUUUACAGUGCUGACAAUUCCUUACCAAAUGUAAUUUGUAACAUUGACCUUUUUGGUCUCGUAUACCUAUAGAUCAGAAGAAUAUUGUUUAAAUGAGCGUCUAGUUUUUGGCAUUCUUUUUGGAGCAUGGUUGGUGAGUGCAGUUUUUUAUAUAAAUAGAUAUUAACCCUCCCAUGAGUGACCAAGACAGAAUUUCUCCUUACAAUAUUUAUAUACUAUCAGCGAGAUAAGUGACAAGAAUUAGGGAAAAUAUCAAUUUGGGGAUAAUUAGUUGAUCCAAUACUAAAUUCUCUGAGCUAACGUCACAAGAACUGUAUGGCAGACAGUAAGGAGAAUUGCCAAUGAGAUCUUGGUAGUUAAAGGGUUAAAUAGUCAUUAAAUAGGUAUUAAAUAAAUAGAUAAUAAAUUCAAGUCUACAAAUUGUGAUACAGAAGAAGACAAUGAUAAAUUUUAAACUGAAUAUAUAUGUAUAUGCACACCACAUUUUGAAGGAUACCAACAUUAUGGUAUUUUUGGCAUUUGUUUCUUUCUUAUCAACGUCUGUUUAUAUUUUAGGGUUUUUAUACAAGUCUGAAUUACUUCUUGAGAAAGAAAUUUCAUUUUGUAUUUCCUCGAGUUCAGGUGAGUUUUCUUCAUGUUAGUAUUUGAUUUGAAGUCUGGUUUAUUCAAAUUUUGUGUUGUGGUAUGAUUUGUUGAUCAAUGAUAUUUCUCUGUGCCUUACAUGUAUUUUUGUCAAGGGGACAGUCAUUGAAUUCCAUUUUUUUUAUUACAAGCAGCAAAAGGUCUUGUUCCAGAUAAAGUUGUCAGUAGGACCAUGUGUAAAAGAGAGUAUCAUUGUCUGCUUAAAGGUGAGAUAGAGCAUUCUUCCCCUCCCUCCCUCCCUCCCUCCCUCCCUCCCCCCCCCUCCCAUCUCAUCAUGUGUUUAGAUGAUGCUAAAAGUAACUGAAUGCAUAAAAACUCCUCUUGAGCUUAAAGAUUGAUUCUUCUCCUUCUUCAAGGUCUGUCACGGUUGUUUUUAGGUGAAUGAUAUUUUUAUCAAUUUUUAUCUUUCAUAGGCAUGUGGAUGGUACUACCUUUUGUAUUACUUUUUAGGUAGGUGUUUGUCCUAUCCAACUUAAAAGCUUAGAAUGUUAGCUUUUGUCUUCACGUUAAUGGCCAUUAAAAAAUAAAAGCAAAAUUGAUUACCAGAACAAGUUAUGUUAGGCAAAUUUUAGUAAUGAUGGGAUUAAAUUGAUUCCCAAACAGUUAAAAAAAUUGCUCCUGUAAUCAUUCUUAUACUCAUUGAUUUGUCAAUUAAGAUGCAAAAGGUGGAUUAAUUUUUCUUCAGCACUAUUGCUUUCCCCUCUUUCCAAUAUGUCUGAAAACCACAAAAAAUUCCCAAUUUUUUUUUGUCAUGUUCCAUACUUAGCUUUCUUGAGUUACAAAUGAACCCUGUAAUCAAUCAGAGGAACAUUUUUGCAUAAAGCUUUUAAAGAAGUUUUUUUCCUCACACAUUUCUUUCAAUGGUUGUUCAGCUGAUUUAAUGUUUUAUUGGUGCUGUUUAAGAUCCCAUAAUUCAUGCUGAAAGAGAUGCUAAACUGAAAUCAGUUGCUGUUUUUGAUCUCAUUGACAUCUUUCUGUUUACUGAACCACAGGUAAUAUUCCCAGAGAUGCCACUGCCAACAUUCUAGAUAUUUCUUUGGACAGGUAAAUUUGCAUCUUUCAUCUUGAUGAACAGCAUUCUAGAAAAGUGUUAAACAUUCUACUUACCUGAGUUUCUGUUUUCCAUGUUUAUAUUGUAAGAAUAUCAUCUAUUAAACCCACUUUGCAGAAAUGUGACACCUCUCAACUCCAUAGCAGGCCUUCUGAACCUUUCCCAGUUUUGGCACCUUGUGACAACUGGGUCAUUAAUUUUGUUUGUUUGGACCUUUGGUAACAAACUUCUUAUUAUCUUCCACACACAGGUAAAUAUGUAAAUUAUGAUGUAGUUUAUAAUGCAUUGUAACGUUACAAUACAUAAAGUACACAUUAAUUUCUGUGAUUUUAUUGGAUAAAAUUCAUUUCAGAUAUACAGAUUCCCAGUGGAGUAUUCACUCAGUCAUCAACAGGACCAAAGUCUUUGUGUAGUGAUCAAAAAUAAAACAAUCCCAUUAUUAAAGGUACAUCUAAAUGUUUGCACCUUAACAUAAGUAUGCACAUUCUCCAUACUGUUCUCUAUACAUUUCCUAAGGUGCUGACAAGGAGAAUUUGUUUAACAAUUGAGAACUUCUUUACUUGGUGAUCAUUUCCUUUUAACCAUCUAAUCCCUAAGAGUGACAAGGUUCUACAAUAUCACCCCUGAAUGAAAGGUUUAUGUCAUGAGAAUAAAGGAAAUGAUCAGCAACUAACAAUUGAAAGCUCUUGAUGAUUUUACAAAUCCUCCCUGUUAGGACCUAGGGAAUGUUUGGAGAACAGUAUGGAGAAUAUACAUAAUGAUGUUAGGGUGUGAAUGGUUAAUUAAUCUUGUUACCUUUGUGUUUGAUUCAGGCGUAAUGUUGUUAGUUACUUGUACAUGAAGUAGUCAAAGGGGUAAAAAGUGAAUAUAAAACUUAAUGGAUACAAUUUGCUCACUUCUGAGAGUUGUAGAAUAUACUUGCAUUUCAGUGUGACUUUCCAAUGACUGCUCAUCAAAAUCAUUACAUAUAAAGUAUAUUUUUCUUCAGUGUAUACUUUUAUUUUUCUAUUUCUUCCACAGUAUCUUGCUUUGUUUGACCUGGUACAUUUGUCCCAGUUUAGCCUGACAAGAAGAAAGCAGAUUUUCUCUCUUAGUCAACCAAGUGAGAUUUAUUUCAACAUCUGUCCUUAUUUUUCACGAUGCAAAUUUCCUAUUCUGGUACAUGUCCAUAAUUCAGUUUGACCUUAUACUACAUAUUUCUGUCAAAUUCAGAAAAUCACCACCAGCUUGACCCUUUCACUCCCAUGAGUGACCAGGACAUAAUUUCUCCUUACAGUAUCAAUAUAUUAUUAAGCAAACAACUGAUCAGAAUAGCGAAAAAACUAUUAACUAGGUGAUUAUCAUUUGACCCAACACCAAACCUCAGAACAAACUUCAUAAGAAAUAUAUGACUGAUAGUAAGGAGAAAUUUCAUCAAGAUAUUGGAAAUGAAAGGGCUGACUACGUCAUAAUUGUUUUUGGUGUGUCAUAAUCAAUCAUACCCAUGCCAGGAGGUCAGCAUUUGCAAGGAAACCAGAAAUCACAGAUUUAUCAUUGUCACUGCUUACAUGAGAAAACUUAUUAAAUAAGUUUUCUCAUGUAUGAUUAGCUUGUUCUCUGAAACAAAAUCACAUUCCAGAAAUGUUUCUUGUAUUCACAGUUUUCUGAAUUUCCCAAUAAGGUGUUACUUAUCAAAAGGCACCCUAUUGGGGUUGUGGCUAAGAGCCAACUGCCAGCAAAAUUUGAUGGAUGAAAAGUGACAAUUGUUGAUUGGGCACAUCUGAGGUUACACACUUACAGUUUAAUAUUGAAUGCUAUCUUUAAGCUGCUUCUCUUAAAAUUUCAGCCAGCAGCCCAAUUUCUUAGCUACAACCCUGCACUAUACAAGGUCUGGUAGAUGGUUAGGUGUGUCUUUAUAUUAGAUCCUUAAAGUUGGUUGUGGUAGUGAUGAGAAAUGUUUUCUCACAGGUGGUCGGCCAGACAACUGGACAAGUAUAUCCACAGAGUGUCUGUCUUUAAUUGAAUCUCUUACACAUAAACUGUCUGCAGAGGUUUCUUUGCAAACUCAUCGUCAACAGCCUGUGUUGGACCCUAAAGUGCUUGGCCCAGCUCUCGUCAACGGACAUGCCAAUGGACAUACAGGUGUGUAGUGUGUGUUGUGGUCUGAGGUGGGAGUGGGGAAUAGUACCCAGCAAAUUGACAGUGUGCAGAUGUGAUUCAAGUUAACAAGACCAAAAAUUUCAACAGAACCAAUUGAAGUAUCGGAAUGGUUGCAUGGCUUCAGCUUAAUCCUUUAACUCUCAUAAGUGACCUACUAAAUACAGAAUUUCUCCUCACAAGAUCAUUUCAAUAUCAAGCACACAUGAGAUGAGAAUGAAAAAAAAUAUCAAUUAGGGGAUUAUUAGUUGACCCAGUGCCAAAUUCUCCAAACUGACAUCAUAAGAACUGUAUGGCAGACUGUAGGAGAAUUUAUAACUAGAUCAAGGGAGUGAAAGGGAUAAGCCUUUUUCACAGAAUCACUCAAGUUAAUUGCAACUACAGAUUCAUCCCUGUAUCCAUGUUUAUUUGCAAGAUUAAGUUGUUUUAAGUAAAAGAAGGCCUAAUGAUGAUAACUUACCAUUCAUUUCAACUUUGGUAUGAACUUCUUUAUAAUGGUUAUCAAAUGAAUAAUUUUUUUUCUUAGGACAAAGCUCUCCUUUGUUAUCCAGUCCAUAUCAAUCACCAUUAAGUGUGACAAGGAGGCAUCAGUCUCUGUCAUCACCAGGAACAGUUUACCUCUGGUCUGACAAAACUGGUGAGGUCUAUUAAAAGUAUACAGUAGAACCUCAAUUAUCUAGACUUAUGGAGACUGGGCUGAAAAGUCCAGACAAUUAAGUGAAAAUACUUGUGUGAUUAUAGAUAAGCCAAAAAUAACACCGAUCAACUUUAAAUGGAAUACAUAUUGUUUCUCUAUCAAUAUAAUUAUGCGUGAAUGAGAUCAAAUUAUUGUGCAUAAACUGUCAACAUCUGCUGAAAAAAGAGUUACACACAAGUUAUUAAAGCUCUCCAACAACAAAAAAAAGAAAUGGGAACAGAGAAUCAAGUCUGGGUAAUAAAAAAAAAUGGAUAAUUGAGGUCCAUAUAAUAGAGCUUUGACUGUAACAUCACACUAUUUGUAGCUAAUUUACUCUGGUUUUAUGUGCAAAACUACCUUACAUCUGGUAAAAAAGAAAAACACCACUGAAACAGUCAACAAUCAGUUGCAAGGGAAUGGAGUUGGGGAAAAAUUGGAAGUGGAUUGCAAAAAAUGAACCUAAUAAAUGCAGCCUAAAUUUUCAGAUCUGCAGGUUAUGAGUUAGUCCAUAGCUGUACCUUUUUUCUCUCCAACUUAACCCUUUAACUCCUAUGAGUGACCAAAACAGAAUUUCUCCUUACAAUAUCAAUACAGUAUCAACUAGGCAAGUGAUGAGAAUAAAGAAAAAUAUCAAUUUGGGGAUAAUUAGUUGACCCGAUACUAAAUUCUCUGAACUAACAUUAUAAGAAUUACAUGGUUGACAAUGAGGAGAAUUACAAAUUUGAUCUGGGAGUUAAAGGGUUAAGUGGGUAUGAGUCUGAGAAUUGCCAUAUUUGUUGUUCUCUUAGAAAACACACAAAAGAUACCCUCUCCCAAAACCAAGAAAGAUUUUGGUGUCAUCAACCAUUUUAAAGGCAGAGUGAAUGAAAUGGUGAGCUGAAUUGAAAAAAUCAAAAUUCUAUAAUUUAAUUUGAUAUUCAUUGUAGAGUAGUUUGCCAUAGAUUUUUAUCAACAUUGAAGUGUUUGGAAGGGGUCUUGUAAACACCCAAUGACGGUGGGGUGUUUUGAUCAUUUAAAUUUGGAUAACUGUCAUUGUACCUUCUGGCACAAAAGGUAUGUUUGUUGAUCAAGCAAUAGCCAUGUUAUCAGAUGCCAAUCUUGACUUAUGUUAGAGGAGCAUGGCUUAAGAAGGCUGGGGUCCAAUGGUGUAUAACAGACCUGUGUUUGUUGAAUGUCAAACUUGCAACACAUCCACAAUCAAACCACAUACUUUGACUUUUGAACUUUAUUAGCCAUUAAUAACCUACUUUUCCUUCUCAAUGUGUCACAAGCAUUUCCUAAUAUAUAUAUAUAUCCUCCACACUUUCUCUCUACAUUUCCCAUGGUACUGACAAGAAUUUGUUUGAUAACCAGGAGCUCCUUUAAUUGGGGAUGAUUUCUUUACUUUUCCAUCAUCAUUCAAGGGUAAUAAUGUAAAAAGAAAUUAUAAGCCAUUCACUCUUAAGGGUUAAAGGAUCAAAAGGAAACCAUUACAGAUGGUUCUCCUCUCUGUUUUCCUUCAGGUCGACAGUUCUGUCUCAAAGAUCAACCAGAUUCCCCAUAGGGUGAGUUUUUUUAAACAGUAAAUUCUUGGUUACAAUUCAUAGGAAUUUUUAUAAUUUUCAACAUUCAAGGUGCAAGAUGCUGACUCUCCUUUCAAUGAUUCGCAUAAAUUUCAUAACUACAGUUAUAGAAAUUUAGAGGUAAAAAAGCGUUACCAAGUUGAUAUUGAUUUGCCAGCUUCCUGAUUGCUGAUCAUGAUUGUGUGUCUUUGGUCCAUUUAGAUUGCUUGUAGAUUGAAAGAGAUACCUGUUAUUGGAUUUCUGUUUGAUAAGGUAAAAACAUCAAGGGUGUUUUUUUGUUGUUGUUGUAAUUGGGCUUUUUUUUGGAGGGGGGGUGGGGGAAGAUUGGGUGGAAUCGAAGAGGUGGAACAGCAUCCCCUCCACUUGUUUGUGUUUUUUUUCCUUCAAUAAGAUCUGCAAAAAUAUAUGUUUUUGUCUGAAGCAAUUUGCUUGCAUCCUGUUUUUGUAAAUUUGGGCCAGUGAAAAAUUAUCAAAAAAACAAUUCAGGAUUUAAGCAAUGAGUUUCUAGUUCAAUUUCUAUUUAAAAAUCUCACCAUUUUGCUAGAAGGUAUCCAAGUAAUCAAAUUUAACUAUGGUCUGUUGUUAGAUUCCAGAGACACAAACACAAGCUCUUUUUGCAGAUUGCCAGCUUCAAAUUUGGGCUGUGGAAGGUGAGGAAGUUCUAAUCUUUUUUUUUAUAAAUUUAAUAUUCCAUGUACAAUGCUUUCUUGACUAAGUUUGUGUCACUCUCAAUUGUUAUAAUGUUUUAUAAGAAUCCUUCAUGAGAUGUUAUUAACCCUUUAAGUCCUGUGAGUGAUCAAGACAGAAUUUCUUCUUACUAUAUCUAUACCAAAUCAUGCAGACAAGUGAUGAGAAUAGAGAAAAAUAUCAAUUAUGGGAUUACUCAUUGAUCCAAUACCAAAUUCUCCAAACUAACAUAUUGGGAAUCAUUUGGCAGACAGUAAGGAGAAUCACUAUUGAGAUCUUGGGAGUUAAAGGGUUAAAGUAUUAAGUGUAAUGCUUCAAAUUCCCUUUUCACUCUGCACAGUCUCUAAAAUUAUAUAUAUUUUCCUCUCUGUCCUUCUAGCCCUAUCAAGACUAGUUGCUUCAUCAUAUACAGAAGAUACAUAUGGUGUUGUACAAAAGGUAAUUAAAUCUCCAUUUGUCUUUUUUCCUAUUCAGUGAAUGCCUUUUUGUGGUGGUGUAUAAUCUACAAACCUGGUUAUUUUAUUUUGUUGGCUUUGUCAUGGAGUCAAACAGUGUACAAUAAUAUUCUUAUUUCUCUUUCAGAGUCUUCCAAAAAUUUUCGUCUCUCUCUUGAAUUUACUUCAGGUGAGUCAUUCAGGGACUUCAUUACAGUAUUCGAUUUUAGACACUCGUGGAUUUUAGACCCUAGUGUCCCUAGUGACCCCAGUGUCCGAUUUUGGAUUUUCAACACAAGUGUGGUAUUUUGGAUUUUGGAUUUUUGAUUUUGGACACUAUGGUUCCAUUUUUAUUGGAUACUAUUUUCCGAUUUUGAACGCUAGCUUUAAAAUUUGGACAGUAUUGUCCGAUUUAAGUUUUCAAUUUUAGAAAGAGGCCCCUUUUGCAGUCUCGUGACCAAAAUUUGGACGUUAAUGUUCGCUUUAUGGCACUUCUGAUUAUGGAGACAAGUUUGUGAUUGUGGACACUGUGUACCGUCUUUGAAUACUAGUUUCUGAUUAGGGACAUACAUGCUUGAUUUCUGACACCAGUGUCUAACGUUCCUCAAAAACCGUUCUUACCUGCAUUACCAAGAUAAUUUAUAGUUUAUAAUCUCUGGGCAUUACUUACUUUUUUUUUUCGUUUUUUUUUUCUGGCGCUUAGGCUUUGGACCAACACUCAAAGCUAUCAUUGGCUUUAAUCUCAAGACCAGAGAUUCAGCCCAGACCUCCUCAGCCACAAGGGUAUCAGUUAAGAGCAAGUAAGUAUGGUGCACAUCAGAAGAGACAUUAAAAUUUAUUCCUCACACUGUAAUCGUAAGAACUUAAAUAAUUUAUAGAAAGAAUACACGGUCCAGUGAUUAAAAGUAUUUAAAACAGAGUAGCUUUCUCGCGAUUAAUAGAAGUAAUCCAGGGUGUAUUAGUUCUGCUAAACCACGUUCUGUGAUUGAUCUAGAAAACUUGGUAGAACACGUUUUCCCACGUUUCAUUUAGAUUGCUUGUUCUUACUCCUUGCCAUAUUUUCUCUUGUUCUGAUUGGCUUUUGCGAUCACGUUGCUUUUGCUCGUGCGAUACUCAAUCCAAAUGCAGUCUGAACCAAUGGAGAUUUGUUCCUCGCAAUCUGCGAGUACAAAUUUAGGUGUUUUUUUUCUUCGGUAUGAGCGCCAAACAUGGUAGCACAAAAGUGUGGCCAAGUUAAGCGCUCCUAACUCAAAAUAUCGCCUGAAGUGUUGUAAAAUCUUUCCUUUCAUCCUGUAACUUCACAAAAAAAAAGGGUUGUUGUUGGAGAAGCCUUGCUGCAACUUUACGCGUCGGAAGGAAUUCAUUCUUACUUGCUGUGAACUGGCUUCUGUUUAUCACUCCUCUAUCGUGUAGUUUGUAUUUAUAAAUAUAUUUUCAUUUUAAUUUUUGUAGCACUCGUGUCUUCGAUCUACAGAAUAACCAAAAUUUUCCAUGAACAUUUACGGUAAGUUCGACUUCUCCCUCUUAUUGUAAAUGAUUUUGUUGCAAAUUAGAACGGAUCGCUAUCUAUUUCUUCAACUUGUGAUGAUACGUUUUUAAAAUACUUCUCAAUGUUUGAUGCUCGCAUCACAGGAAGCCCAAGCUCACAGACUGACCCGCAAUAAAAACGUUGUGCAAUUGGCGAAUUAUAAGGAUUUGUUUGAGAAUAAAUGAUCGCACUCUCGACUUAAAAAAUCUAAGCUAGUUUUGAUUAAAGUCAAACUUACCUUGUCACAGUGGUCGUUCCUUAACCCUUUAACUCCCAGAUCAAAUUUGUAAUUCUCCUUACUGUCAACCAUACAAUUCUCAUAAAGUUAGUUCCGAGAAUCUAGUAUUUGAUCAACAAAUUAUCCCUAACUUGAUCUUUUUCUUUAUUCUCAUCACUUAUCUGGUUGAUAUUGUAUAAAUAUUGUAGGGAGAAAUUCUAUCUUGGUCACUCAUGGGAGUUUAAAGGAUAAACUAGUUUAAAUUUUUAAGGUUGACAAAGCGACCGUUUAUUCCCAUACAAAUAUUUCGCCCAAUGGCACAACGUAAAGGUGUUUGCAUAUCUACAGAGGCUCAUCACUAGCUUGGACUUCCUUUGACUCCUCAAAGGGACUUAGAACUGACAAUCCCUGUCAACGUCUUUUAUUUCACAGGAACCUACCAAUGGCUGUAGAACAUGAAAAGAAACUUGAAUCGUUUUUGAUGUUCAGAGAGUAG